UCUGCAGUACAGACUUUUGGGAUGGUGGAGGAGGGAUGAAUAAAUGGAUCAGGGAUCUGCAUAUUCCCAUUGGAUGGUACAAGAUGGAAGCAGGUGAGCUGGUUUACAGAAAGGAUCUUUCUAUCUGGCUGGAUCCCCAACCUGCUAGAACCUGCAGAGAAUGCUGCUGAAGUGCUUUAUGCAGUGUCCUAGUGUCUGUGCACAGAGCAAGCCUGCCUAAUGAUACACUUGCGCUGUGUUUCCUGAGGAUAAAGCCCUGGUAUCCCUGGAUCUGAAUAUAUAUUUGCAAGGAAUGUGUAUUAUCUGGAAUAAUGUCUGUGAAUGGGAAAAAGGUUUUGCACAUUGAUCGGAAUCAUUACUAUGGAGGGGAAAGUGCAUCAAUCACGCCACUCGAAGAGCUGUAUCGAAGAUUUAAUGUCAUCGGACCUCCAGAACCAAUGGGUAGAGGGAGAGAAUGGAAUGUGGAUCUCAUUCCAAAGUUCCUGAUGGCCCAUGGGCAGCUGGUGAAAUUGCUUCUCUACACGGAAGUGACUCGAUAUAUUGACUUCAAAGUGGUUGAUGGGAGUUAUGUCUAUAAAUCGGGGAGGAUUCACAAAGUCCCAUGCACAGAGGAUGAAGCUCUGGCUUCAGACCUACUGGGUAUAUUUGACAAGAGACGAUUUAGAAAAUUCUUAGUUUUCGUGGUAAACUUCAAUGAGCAUGACGCAAAGACGCACCAAGAUAUUGACCCCAAAAAGAUGACCAUGCGGGAGCUCUAUAGAAGGUUUGACCUGGGUCCAGACAUUAUGGCCUUCACUGGUCAUGCUCUCGCCUUGUACAGAACUGAUGACUAUUUGGAUUUGCCAUGUUUGGAGACAAUUAACCGGAUCAAACUGUACUACGAAUCUUUGACUAAGUACUGUAAGAGCCCUUAUCUAUACCCACUGUAUGGACUGGGAGAGCUACCUCAGGGAUUUGCAAGGCUGAGUGCUCUGUAUGGAGGGAUCUACAUGCUCAAUAAACCUGUGGAUGAGAUCAUAAUGGAAAAGGGACACGUGGUUGGUGUGAAGUCUGAGGGAGAGAUUGCACACUGUAAAAAGUUAAUUUGUGACCCCAGCUAUGUACCUGACCAGGUGAAGAAGAUUGGACAAGUUAUACGAGUUAUAUGCAUACUCAGCCACCCCAUCAGGAACACCAAUGAAUGCACGUCUUGCCAAAUCAUCAUCCCCCAGACACAGGUCAACAGAAAAUCAGAUAUCUACGUCUGCAUGGUAUCUUGCUCGCACUGUGUGGCAUCGGACGGAAAAUACGUUGCUAUAAUUAGCACCACUGUGGAAACAGAGAACCCAGAGAAAGAGAUCCAGCCAGCCAUCGAAUUACUGGAACCUAUUGAUCAAAAAUUUGUCACGAUAGCAGAUCAGUACAUCCCAAAGCAUGAUGGGAUCAAGAACCAGAUUUUUAUCUCACGAUCAUACGAUGCUACAACUCACUUUGAGACAACUUGUGACGACAUUAAAGACAUCUUCAAAAGAAUGACAGGUGCUACUCUGGUCUUUAAAGACAUGUUGAGUGCAGACACAGAAAUGUGCAAGCAAGACAUACAGUGACAUCAAAAUGUUUAUUUUUAUUUCUAAUUAUGUAAUAUAUUUUGAUCCACUGCCUUUACUGCACCCUGUUGUAUGCAGCAGUUGUGAUUUUGUUUCCUUUUUUGCAAUCUAUGUUUCCUGUUCAUGAUUUUUCUUCCGAUAGUCAAUGGUAGAUUUUGUUUCAAUGUCUAUUGUCACAGAUAAAUGAUAAUAUGUUGCAAAAUGAUUCUGCUUUUCUUGUGUAAUUAUAAGUAACACAUUCUCUGGUUCCAUAGUUUAGAAUAUAUUUUCCAACGGGGCAACCACAGUUUAUAAAAUAUUUAUAUCAGAAAGAUUAUUGCAAGUUAAAUAAAAAUGAACUGUUAUAAUCUUUGAAUUAAAAAGUUAAUCGACACGGACACAUACCCAGUUUCUUAAAACAAUUUAGACAGAACAGUUAAAAAUUGAAUGUAGAUGCAAUCUGGUAACACUUUGCAUAGCAUGAAUACUGAACAUGGAACUCACAACUUUUUCUGUGCGUGUGGUCAGCAAGGAACUUCAUAAAAUAUGCCAUCUCAAGCAGAUCUAGAUUACCCAUAGACCCAGGGGCUCAGUUAAUUGGUACCCUAGGAUCUCACCUACAAGGGGGGACAGUCCAUAUUUUGGGACCAAAUCUAUCUGUCCCUCUUGUUCUAUCUGAAUGUCUCUCUUUCCUAGAAGCUCUGUAUUGUUGAUGUGUCUAAGUGUAUAACAGAGCUUCACAGCAAUAAUACUCCUAGUAAUGCAUCUUUAAAGAACAAGAAACGUGUUUAGAAUUUAGUGUGUGUAAAUAAGAUACAUUGUUCUUGUUUUAAAUAACAUUUUAGUUGCAUAAAUUGUUAUUAGUAAGUCAACUAAAAUUUCUCAGUGCAGCCCUGACCCUGGCCACACACCCCACUCACACCCCUAAAAUGAAAAUGCCCCCUUUGUCUACCUGAAAUUUUGGGAGGUAUGCAUUAGGCUGGCAGAACUAUUCAUGGUGCAUUUCUGAGCUGACUGCUAGGGAGCUGUAAAGCAUACGAUGGCUUGAAUUCUCAGAUCUUUGUGUUUGCCAAUUGUGUUCUCUGCAUCCUAAAAAUGGAGCCCUCCUAAAUAGUAUUUCAUAUCAUGGAAGCCAGCAUCGUGAUGACCAAAUUCUUAAUAAUGUAACAGAAGCAGCGAUAUUCCGGCCUGAAACUCCUGGAUCUAUCAUUCCCUACAUUGUAUCAUUAGGGAUGGCCCUCAAAGCCAUAAAUGCAUAUGGGAAAGGUGAAGGGGACACAUUAUGAGAGAAGUAUUGAGUCACAGAGAAGCAUAAAUUACAUAUAUUUGUAGAAAAUUCCUCAUAUUUUCAUUUUAUAAAAUAAAAUGCUGUAUUGUCUGUUCACUAAA